UUUUUGAAAAAGAGGUCAUAUUAUAUCUUGUCGUACAAGGGGCAGGAAGUUUUUGUUUUAACUGGAAGCCCAGCUUUGCUGGAUGUACAGAAGCUCAACGCAGCCUCCGUGUGUGAACCAUAAGUGGAACCGGUCCUGCAGCCCGCUUGCGCUGGAAGGUAUAAUUCCUGCGUUUCCGGAAGCUACGAUCGAACACGAAGAUGUUUCAAGGUCUGGCGCUGAAUUCGCAUCGAGCUGAGGCGAUCGCGGCCGCCAGACGGCAGGAGAUCCUGAGGCAGGAGCGUGAGGCCCUCACCAAACCACGUAAGACAGCCGCAGAUGUCAUUAGUUAUGACCGGGCUGUCGUCGCGGCGAAGAACCGCGAGCCGCCACCGCCAACACGCUAUGGAAUGAACUGGAAGCCGGCUGACAAGUGGGUUGCACGAGAACAGGCGAAGGAGCGAGAACGCCGAGAAGAGUACUUCGAAGCGACGGGUGAGUAUCCGGACGACACUGGUGGGCCCCUAGCAAUAAUGGAUGCACCGGACGGCACAACGCCAUUUCGCGGGCGGUCAACUCAGAACUCGUGGAUAUCCAUGGAGAUGCCACAAGAUCAUGACUUGGCAAAGUACCCUUCGUUAAUGAUUUUUUUCCUAUCUACUAACUAGAAGAAAGUGAGUAUAAAUAUGUAGUUUAUUGUUACAUGCACAUUAUCGUUACAUGAUGAUUUGGUGGUUGGUCACGGUCAGAUUCAACAAUUUCAGUCAUGAUAGAUCUAAUGUCAAUGUCACCGUCACGGAGUCUUCUUCUUCAGUCACUAUGCAUACUACCUAAGUACUUUGUUUAAGGUCGACUGCGACGCACUCCAUACGACUACGUAUGACGGCAGACUCUGCGGCUGGUGCGCCGUUUAAGCUGUCGAAGAAACGAAAGCCGUUGUGGUAUGUGCCACCGCACAAAAAACGGGAGGUUAUUUUGCGAGAAGACAUCGUACCAUUAAAACGCAAAAGUAAGCCCUCAGGAAAGCUUCGUCCUGUGGACGGAGCAGAAAAUCGAAAUGACGCACGACCAACACGUCUCCACGAUUCUGCGACGCAAGGGGAUCUUGGUGAUUUUUCUUCUUGCUUGAUCAUAAUAUUUGUUUUGUUUCUUAUUAUAUCUUAAUACUAGGUUGUAACUCGUCACGACUACAGUAACAAGGAUAGUAUAUUGUAGUGCUGACCAUGAUGGAGGAAAAAAAUGGGAGAGUGAUGAUUUUGGCCAGCACUACACUCGAAAACAAAAAUCUUGACACCUUCUUUGUUAGACAAAAACAAAACUUACAAUACCCCACAGGUGCAGUUUUCGACACUGCAGAGCCGACAACUGCUGCCGAGAUUUCAGACAAGGAGCGACGCUAUCUUCUCAAUGGCACAUCAUUCGGAGAUAUCAAGGAAAAAGCGGAGUACUUGAUAACAUGUUUUUGUUUCAUGUGCACUUUGCUGUUGUAUUAGUAUUUGCAGUUCACGACACGACCAUCCUUUUUUCGAAAGAACUCCAAACCCAAAGAAACCUAAUGAAUGUCAAUGAUAUCCACCUUCUCAAAACUUUUAGGCUGGUUCUAUACCUCUUCCACUGAUUAAGUACCUGCUGCUUCACCUACAAUGUUUUUUGUUGCAACACCUGAAAAAUGCAUGCAAUCGAAACCAGGUACAUCAAGGGUUCGAAAGAGUUUGAUUCGCGACUGAAGAGCCUGUUGCAGCGGCGGGAGGAACAAGCCAGACGCGUUUGUGCUCGCUUUGAUGGUGACCCUGGGCCCACAAACGAAAGAUGGGCAUUAAAAGCGCCUCCUUUGGACAUCCAAUAUCUGAUGGAGGGGGAGCUAAGUCUCUAAGAGACAUUGUUGAUGCGUACUCGUUUCCACCAUCCCAUGAGAUUGCAGAAGAAGAUGAUGAUGACAUUGAAUUUGAAGCUAGGAACAAGGAGGAAUCCUAGUACAACAUGAACUCUCUUCAAGUGUUUGCAGUACUUUUUGGAAAUUACUCUAAUUACCUGAAUUCAGAAUUCUAGCGUUUGUCAUUGAAUGUUGCAGGGCCUAGUCCUUCUCCUUUCAUCCCCUUUUGAACCACGACCUUUGAAAGCUCGUCUGCGUCAACUAAUAGAAUAUCACACUGACAUCAUUUCAUAAUGAUAUUCAUUGUUGAAUUGCUUGUCAAUCAUGGCAAAAGCAUAGUUUGUUGUUGAUCAUUCACUGAAGUAGCUGACAAGUUGAGCUACAGACCCAUGCAUGCUAGCCGACAUUGUAACGUAGAUUGAUAUCAUUCAUAUCUUCCUUCAGCAUGCCAUAUCCUCGUCUCAUGCAGAUUCAAGAUGCACGUUGGUGCAUUUCUUUGUAAGUACAAGUAGAAGAAGACUACAUCAGCAUAGAAGAUGUUAGAGCAAGUAGAAUAAAAAAGAGCGUGGUUGACUACGCAUACCCAUCACAUACACACAGAAGAACUAAUACACACACAGCUAGCAUGAAUCAUGAUAUUACGUUGCCCCAUGCAUUUAACGAAUGAACUCUAAAAAGCAUUGUUCACCUUCAAUCCACAACACGUGAACCAACGCAUUGAUUGGAGCCUGGAAUAUUUUCAGGGGUAUAUACAUUUCGUAGUUGAGGUGCAACGAACACCUCAAACUGAAUUCGAGACAGCACGCUGUCCGCUUUCCUCCCACGACGAUUUACGCAGCCAGGCCCGUUGCGCCGUGGUCAUGUAAUUGGUGCGAACUACAACUGCGGUUCGACGACUGCACGAUGAGGU